GAUUGAUUGAUUUAUUUUUUUUAACUCUUAUUUGGGGCACUUUAUAUUGAUUUUGUUGGUACGUUUUUGUGUGUGUGGGGGGGCUUUUUUUAAAUAAUAAUAAAUAAAUAAAAAACACUAAAUUUGUCACAGGGAUUUGAGACUAUUCUAAGGGAGGCUUCAGCGUGCCUAAAAUUAUGAAUGUCUCUUAUUUUAUCUGACAACUUUGAGGAAAGAACGUUUUACACUAUUGCCAAAAUAUUCAGGUAAUUUAGAGGAUAGUGUAGAACAUUGCUGGGGAAUUAAUUUUCUCAAAAAAGGGCUUUUUGAGAAACUGGAAUGGUUGUCAAUUUUGUUCCAUUAAUUUAUUGUAUUUAUUUAAAGCAUUAAAUUGUAUUUUAUUCCAGUAAGCUGCAGCUUAUAUAGAUCUGGUGUUUACUGUUAUAAUUGGGCAAUCAAAAUGGUGAACGAAAUUAUAAGGAAUCAUGACAUUGACAUUAUAUCAUCCUAACAUGAUGUAUUGUUAAGAACCUCUCAAUUUGAUUCGAUUUCGAUCCUUUAGGAGUCAAAUGGAUAGCGAUUCUUUGGGUUGCAUUUUGAUUCGAUUUGCUAUUAAUUUAAGUCCUCUAUCGAUUUAGUAAGAAGUAGAAAUACACAAAUAAUUACGAGUAAAUUUGGACAAUUUUGAAAUAUAUCAUUUAGAUGUCAUGUAAACAUAUGUCCUAUGUCACAUCACAUUGUUUAAGCAGUAAAAUCUGGAAAUAAAUAUUAGUGCACAUGGAGUACAAAAGUAAAAAAAAACAUGACAGUUGUGUAUAAACACAGAAAGUUAAAGUGCAUAUAAACUUAAUUUGUAAUCCUAUCCCCUUGGAAAUUGAUUAAAGAUAAAAAAUGUGCACAUUAAUAACUUGAUGACAGCUUUGUAUUGAAAAAGUAAAGUGCAUGUACUGUAUACAUAGGCUUAGGGUUACUAUUAUUAUUUGCUGCGUUGUGACAAUUGCCGGUACUUUAUUCGUCAACAAGUUGGCUAUAUUGCUUCCUGUGUGGCUUCCGUGUCGGGCUCCAGUGUGCACAACAUUUGACACUCGUUGCCACACGUUAGAAAUGAAAUGAGAUUUGUUAGUUACGUACGAAGGGCUCCGUCGGGCUUUCUGCUGACGACGACGACGACGGCGACUCCAAAACCGCCAUCUUAGUUCUGUGUACAGCUUCGGGAUGGCGACUUUUCGUGUCGGCGAUUAGGGCUGGAGCUUGGCAAGGUGCAGGUGUACCAGGAAGCCAACAGAGGUAAACUAAUGUCUCAUUUGCUAUGAGCUGCCCGUGUCAAGGAAAUCCUCCUCACAUUUCCACACCAACGCCUGCCUGCUUUAUUGCACAUUGUCAAAGUUGGGCAGAAUCCGCCUAUGUCCAAAUGUGAUCAAGUUCAUAUAUAUUCACAAAUCUAUACUGUUGGUUAGUCCCCACGCAGGUCUGCUAAUUGUACACAUUAUUGACCAGUCUAAUGUGUUGAAAAUGGCUCGUUAGCUCUGAGAAAGGAAUGUUAACAUGCAAUUUAUUUGGUUUCGUGAUUCUGACCGACAACAGCGACAUACUGACAUAGUCAAGGUUAAAUCCUAUCUCUAAUGGUGUUUUUUAAAAUGGUUCAGAUGCUACACAAUACACUUAUCUUGUGCAAGCACUUUGCUCUUUGUGUUAAAGUCAUAGCGUAAGAUAUUUAACGCUGUGGUUAAUCAAAAAUGAGCAAAGUGUGAGUAUCUUGUUUUCCGCAUGACUCUGGGAAAGAAACGUUGUUACUCUCAACGUUGUGUUGAUGGCACAUUUCUCGAGCGCAAACAUCUGCAUUUUCACACAGCGGGGUUGUGUGGGAGACACCACCUACUCAUGGAGGGCGUAAGAGGCCUCGCUGUUAUCUUCUUCCCAUGUCGUCUUUUGUUCCCAUAGAAACGCGUGUACAAAUCCAAGAGUCCGUGCGAGGGAAGGAUGUUUUUGUGAUUCAGACCGUGUCCAAAGAUGUGAACACGACUAUAAUGGAGAUGCUGAUCUUGGUGUAUGCAUGCAGGACAUCUUGUGCAAAAAGCAUCACUGGCGUCCUCCCCUACUUCCCUUACAGUAAACAGUGCAAAAUGAGGAAGAGGGGCUCCAUUGUCUCCAAGCUUAUUGCCUCCAUGAUGUGUAAAGCAGGGCUCACACACCUGAUCACCAUGGACCUCCAUCAGAAGGAGAUUCAAGGCUUUUUCAACAUCCCAGUAGACAACCUGAGAGCGUCGCCCUUCUUGUUGCAGUACAUCCAAGAAGAGAUCCCUGACUACAGGAAUGCUGUGAUUGUGGCCAAAUCCCCAGCUUCUGCCAAAAGGGCCCAGUCGUUUGCCGAGCGCCUGCGUCUCGGUAUCGCGGUGAUCCACGGCGAAGCUCAGGAUGCCGAGUCCGACCAGGUCGACGGGCGACACUCGCCGCCCGCUGUCAAGACCACUGGAGCCAUUCAUCCAAGCAUGGAGAUACCAUUGUUGAUUCCCAAAGAAAAGCCGCCCAUCACUGUCGUAGGAGAUGUAGGAGGCCGCAUCGCCAUCAUAGUGGACGACAUCAUCGACGACGUCGACAGUUUUGUGGCGGCGGCGGAGACGCUGAAGGAACGAGGGGCCUACAAGAUCUUCAUCAUGGCGACGCACGGAAUCCUCUCCUGCGACGCCCCCAGAUUCAUCGAGGAGUCCGCCAUCGACGAGGUGGUGGUGACCAACACGAUCCCUCACGAACUGCAGAAGCUUCAGUGUCCGAAGAUUAAAACGGUGGACAUCAGCAUGAUCCUGUCGGAGGCCAUCCGACGCAUUCACAACGGAGAGUCCAUGUCCUAUCUUUUCCGCAACAUCGGAGUGGAUGACUGAAUGAUCUGUACACGCGCGCACUCACAUACACUGUUACAUGCCAUUUGCCUUGUCAGACCUCAAAAGUGUACACUGUAUAUACACUGAUGAUGCAUUCAUGUAGAAAAGAAGCGAGCCCUUCCUUAGUGUUCCCAUAUAGUACUCACCAAAAGUUAGGGAUGAAAUUUCUGCCCGAACCUGAAAUGCGUAACAGCUGCUAUUUGCCGGGAAGAGCCAAAAUGUGCUCGUCACUGAUGCCGGCCCCCCCGAAGGGUUUGUAAUUGCCUACAGAGGCCAAAGGACGGUGGCAAAGGCUGAGCAAAUGGUGCCUACGCAAGCGUAUCGAACAGGGGAGGGCAAAUUCUUGUUUUGCCCGGUGAAUAACGAAGGAUAGGUUCCAAACAGGUUAUCUGACGUCGAAACCUUUGAAUGCGCAGCUCCCUUCAAUGUUCAGUGUUGAACGUUUGAGCCGUGAAUGGAGGAGUCCGCUGCCUGGUUCAGUUUUUAGAAGCAGUCCUUUUCACAUUUUGAUAGCACGAGACCAAGGCGAAGUUGAACCAUUGAUCACAUCGGCAGGUUGCAGCAGAAAUACAAGGAGACUGGAAGAGUCACAGAAAGGCAUAGAAGGGGGCAGCCUUUGCCAUUCAGCUCCUUGUUAGAGAACAGCAAGUUGUGUUCAAAGAACUGAAACAUAAGAGUUGGGUAGUGAAAGCCCCUCCGCAAAGUGGGGCUUUCCCUCCUCUGUCUGAACACGCAGUUUCAGCUUCUCAAUGCACUGCUGCCACUCCUGCCUCAAGUUCAAUGGCGGAUUGAUCUCAGAGCGGUCUCUCGCUCCUUUAUCGCUUUAUCCAUUCAAAUUGUCCUCUUUCUCAACAUUGUUUGUCGUAUUCACAGUUCCCGCAAAGCAGCGCAAUAGAAUUUGACAUGUUUUUGUUUUAAUGUCCAAGCAAGUUUAUUUGUCAAAAUGUUCAAUCCUCAUUAAAUCUUCCGGGUUUCAGGGAUUAUAGCAGGAACUCCGUCGUUUUGUUUUGUUUUGUUUUGCGUCUUGUUUUUCUCUCAGCAGUUUCUAGCAGAGCUGUCUUUAGAGUUAUUGUUAGCGAUGAAUGUCCACAAGGAAAGAUUGUAUCACACGCAUGUGAGUGCCUUUGGGCGGAACACACGCACACGGACGCACGAGUCCUUCACCAGAUAGUCCAGUCAUUCAGGACGGCUCUUAUCAUAAAUCAGGUUUUUGACUCGUUUUUCCUAAGCAUCCUGCUGCUUGUCAUUUGAAGCUUCUUGGUUGUUUGCUCAGUGUAUUAUGCUACUGAUACGGAUUAUGGAGUCGGAAGGACUCGUUGUUGUUGCCGUAGUUACAACCGGGGUCAAAUCUACUACUUGCUAAAUUUGAACUGGAAUUCAUUUUAUUUAUUUGUUCUUCCGAUGCUUCUGAAAUACCGCGUGAGUGUAUCCAUUUAACACUACGGGCUAUUAUCUAAUCAAUACCUCCUUGUGUUUGAUAGCUACGAUACCGCAAAGCUGUUCAAAGUUCCGGGAUGAUGUGGAUGUCAAUUUGUCCUUUUGGAAAAGUCACAUGUCACUCCGUCACCCAAGUCAAUAUUUGUAAAAGCUUGUUGUUGUUAGUCCGAUGAAGGGUAAUUGAGCCAUCGUUAUCACGAUCAAACAGUACCGGAGUUCGUCCUUAUCACGUUUCCAUCGAAGAGAUGGAAAGCUAGGAAGCGAACGCUGUUUUUCUAGCAAACAAAUUGACUGAAGCGGGUCUUUGUCACUUUGCCACAUGUGGUCCAGAAAUGUUUUGUAUUUAUUUUCAGCACUAACUGAAUAAACAUGAAAAUAAAGUCUC